GCGGACUGCGCGUGCCCGGAACGGGAGGGGGCGGGGCCGAAAGCUGAUCAGACACUAGAGGUGGGGUCCAAGCUUGGUCCCUAGAAAGCCGGCGGGAUCUGGAUAAGGAGCAUCAGGGAGUCGUCCCGCCCUGUGGAUCACCCUUUACUGCUAGCUUCGGAGGACGAAGUCCUCCUGUCCUACAAGGGACACCACUAUGUCAAUGAAGGGGUCUCGGAAUUAGGGUCCCUGGGUUCUGAUUCCCCCACUUGUACGGACGUCGCGUGAUUUAGGCUCCCUUUUACCUGUGCCUCGGUUUCCCCAUCUUUACGAUACUGGAGGGUUGGAACUCCCGAGGGCUAGUCUCCAAAUCUGUAACGGGGUGCAGAGGAGGGGGAGAGGGGGUACCUACACGUGACCUCCCCGCGCGGGGCCCCGCCUAUCCCAGAUCCAAGGGUUGCAAGCGCUCCGCGAGGAUGGGCGGGGGUGGGCGGAUCCUAAGAAACCCGACCCCGCAGCCCUUGGCUGUGGCUAAGGCGCCGCGCGCGGCUCGGCGGCCGCUAGCGCUGGCGACGGCACAGGAGAAGGAUGGGGACCGCAACCCGGGCUUCGCAGAGGACCAUCGUGGAGGCGAGGGCGGUGCAGAGACUCGGCGUGUGACUUGGAGUGUGGAGUGCAUCAGGAAAUGAUGGACGAGGGGAUGAGAGAUAGCUAACGGGGCUCUGUCUCUGCGUCCGGUCCGCGGAGGCGCACGUCGUGGGGCUGGAGAGGUUCUGUCUAUAGCGGCAGCGCCGAGCUUGUCUCGGGCCAUGAGAAGCGCGCGGACCGCCCGGCCCCAGGGUGCCCUCGUGGCCGGCCGCGUCCUGCCGCGCUGAGAGCUUGGGGGCGAAGAGGGGUGUGGGCGGCCGGGCUGCGCCCGAGCGCACCGCCAUGGCAAGGGAGGAGUGCAAGGCGCUGCUGGACGCUCUCAACAAGACGACCGCAUGCUACCACCACCUGGUGCUGACCGUCGGCGGCUCAGCAGACUCGCAGAACCUGCGUGAGGAGUUGCAGAAGACGCGCCAGAAGGCGCAGGAGCUGGCGGUGGCCAUCCGCGCCCGGCUGACGGCCGCGCUACGCGACCGGGGCCUGGGCGCCGAGGAGCGCGCGGAGUUCGAGCGCCUCUGGGUGGCUUUCUCCGGCUGCCUGGACCUGCUGGAAGCCGACAUGCGGCGUGCGCUGGCCCUGGGCACCGCGUUCCCGCUGCACGCGCCGCGGCGGCCGCUGGUGCGCACCGGCGUAGCGGGCGGCUCCGCGGGCGUAGCGGCGCGCGCCCUGAGCGCCCGCAGCCUGCGGCACGAGGCGGAGCGCGACUUCGACGUGAACGACCUGCGCGAGCUAGAGCGGGAGAUCCUUCAGGUGAGCGAGAUGGUCAACGACAUGGAGAUGAAGGUCAACGUGCCCCGCUGGACCGUGCAGGCCCGCCAAACGGCGGGCGCCGAGCUCCUGUCCAGCGUCGGCGCCUCUUCGGUGGGCGUCGUGUCUGUACAGGAGCGCACCGGGCCUUGCGACGUGAGCAAGGCCCUGGCCGCCACCGUUUUCAGCGCCGUGCUGCUGGCGGCCGUGGCCCUGGCCAUCUGCGUGGCGAAGCUGAGCUGACCGACAGAAGACUCUACCCGCCGCCGCUCCCUCCCGGAAGACAUCCUUCAGGAACGACCGCCACUGCCUGCACUCUGGAUGGGAGUGGGAUCUGGCAUGUUUAAGGGAAGGGGUUCUAAAGCCGUGUGUGUGUGUGUGUGUGUGUGUGUGUGUGUGUGUGUGUGUGUGUGUGUGUGAACACAUCUGCCUGGGCAGAACAUGGUUGCCUGGUGCUGGCCUGUGAGGAGUUAAUUUUGCGCGGGCGGCCAGGGCAUUACCGCUAAUGUAUGCAGCAGCUUUAUCCCCUAUUAAUAGAAAACCGUCCACAGUGACCCUAGAUUCCAAGUUAAUGGGUUACCGCUUGUGCAGCUGGGGCGCGUUUACAACGGAGUCUGAGUCGGAUUAUCCCACCUCUACCAGCGAUUCCCACUGUCCGAGCGGGGGGCAGUUUGAAAGGGGGGUGAGGUGAAAUGAGUGGGGGCGGGGUUGUUUUGCUCUGUGUGGGUGGUGACUUUGUUUCCUGGACAAAACUGUAAGAAGAUGUAAGCAGGUUUUAUUACCUUAAUCCUUUGGGGCCUAAGCUUAGGAGGGUGUGCAGAGACAUUCAUGCAAAGUGCUAUCUCUAUGGUGCACGAUUGAGCUUCUUGGCAGAGUUUAUCCAUUAGUUACCAAAAGCAGCGGGAAGAGGUUUGGGAUGCUGACCUCCCCCGCAAGUUAUGACCCUACUUAGGAAACCAGAGAAGGCAUGUCGAGCCUGCCCUCACAUGGUUGGAUCCAUUGCACACACUUGCCUAUUAAAAAGGGCUCUCCCCAGCCAGCCUGGAAGGGGCACGAGCUUUGGGAAGGGACACAUGGUGUUUAAAGACGCACUUUCUCCUUUGCUGGGGUUUAUUUUUUGUUCCAAAACUAGACCAGUGUUUGAUCCUCCUUUGGGGGAGGGCUGCAGAAUCCUCUUUGGAGCCCUUAAUCCUAUCUAUCCCUUGGAAUUUGCCUGCUAGCCAGUAGGAGAGCUGGCUCUGGAGGAAGCUGCAUAGCUCCCUGACCCUCACACUGACCCUGAGAGGGAAAACCUCACUGUCUCAUGUCAGUUUGAGCCAGUUAGCCCUGAGACUGGGUUAGAAUGCAAAAGCUUCGGCUCAGAAUUUCAGCAGCUUUUUAAAAACAAUAACCAUUUGAAAGAAAAACCAUAUAACAUUGUUCUGUCUUAUCAAAGCUGGGUUUUUUGGUAAAGGACAUUUGGCCACGAAUCCAUACGUGCCAAUGAGUCAAACAUAGUGGUCUUUACUUACAUGUUUAAGUUAGUAAAUCUACAUCUAUUAUUAAAAUAGACC